AUCAUGUGGACGGCAGUGCAUAUUGCAAGGACACACAACUUACACAGCGCUCAACUAGCUAAAUCAACUAGGAACAUAUAGGAUACACCAUGUGGUUGCCCUUCUGCUUCGUCGCCGCUCUUCUUCUCGCCAUCCAGGGAGAGGGACGGGGCGAGAGGAGCGACGUGUACGUGGUGUACAUGGGCGCCGUGCCGCCGCGAACCUCGCCCAGCUUCCUCCAGGAGACCCACCUCCGCCUCGUUGGCUCCAUCCUAAAGAGGGGGAAAAUGGCGCGGAGCGUAGUGGUGCAGCAGUACAAGCACAGUUUCUCAGGGUUCGCGGCGCGGUUGUCCAAGGACGAGGCCGCCGCGCUUAGACAUAAGCCCGGCGUGGUCUCUGUAUUCGCCGACCCGGUGUACCAACUCCACACCACGAGGUCGUGGGAUUUCCUCCAACAAACGGAUGUGAAGAUCGACUCGGCUCGACGUUACUCGGCCAAACCCGCGGCAUCAUCGGCACCCACCACGGACACCAUCAUCGGUCUCCUAGACUCCGGUAUCUGGCCCGAGUCGCCCAGCUUCGAGGACACCGGCUUCGGACCUGUCCCGAGCAGAUGGAAGGGGGUGUGCAUGGCUGGGGAUGACUUCAACUCCUCCAACUGCAAUAAGAAGCUGAUCGGAGCAAGGUAUUACGAUCUUGGUGAAGUAAAUGGCGCCGGAACCCGGAGCAGCAGCAACUCGCCGCGGGACGAGGCCGGCCAUGGGACGCACACAUCAUCCACGGCAGCGGGGAACGCGGUCACCGGCGCCUCCUACUACGGCCUGGCUUCAGGGACAGCAAAGGGGGGAUCAGCCGCGUCACGAUUGGCUAUGUACCGUGUUUGCUCUGACGAGGGCUGCGCCGGAUCGGCUAUCCUCGCCGGCUUCGACGAUGCUAUCGGCGACGGUGUUGAUAUCAUCUCGGUUUCGCUUGGCGCGUCGCCCUUCUUCAACCCAGAUUUCUCGGAGGACCCAAUCGCCAUCGGUUCGUUCCAUGCCGUGGCAAAGGGGGUCAUGGUGGUGUGCUCGGCGGGUAACUCUGGGCCGGACCCCUCCACGGUGGUGAACGCGGCGCCAUGGAUUAUGACGGUCGCGGCAACGACCAUAGACCGCGACUUCGAGUCGGAUGUCGUGUUGGGUGGAAAUCGCAGCGCUGUCAAAGGGGGAGCUAUAAACUUCUCCAACUUAGACAAAUCCCCGAAAUACCCGUUUAUCACAGGUGCAUCAGCAAAGUCUAGUUCUGCUUCUCGUAUUGAGUCAGCAAGUCACUGCGAACCCGGAACUCUGGACGCCAGCAAGAUCAAAGGCAAGAUCGUUUUGUGCAACCACUCGCAGAGUGACACGUCAAAGAUGGUGAAGGUCGAAGAGCUCCAGAGUGCCGGGGCGGUGGGAUCCAUCUUGGUGAACGAUGCCGAGAGGUCGGUCACAACCGCCUACCUCGAUUUCCCGGUAACUGAGGUCACGUCUGAGGCCGCGGCGGACCUUUACAAGUACAUUUCCUCCACAAGUGAACCUGUCGCGACGAUCACGCCGAGUAUUACCGUGACAGAGCUCAAGCCGGCACCCGUCGUGGUUUACUUCUCGUCUAGGGGUCCGUCUGCACAAACGGGGAACAUCCUCAAGCCGGACGUGGCUGCCCCGGGGGUGAACAUCCUUGCGUCCUGGAUUCCAACGUCGUCACUUCCGGCCGGCCAGAAGCAGCCAUCGCAAUUCAACCUCAUCUCCGGGACAUCAAUGGCCUGCCCUCACGUCGCCGGGGCUGCGGCCACCGUCAAGGCCUGGAACCCGACGUGGAGCCCGGCAGCCAUCCGGUCAGCCAUCAUAACAACAGCCACUCAGCAGAACAACAACAAGGCUCCUAUGACGACCGACUCGGGGACGGUGGCGACGCCGUUCGACUACGGCGCAGGGCAGGUGAACCCAACCGGCGCGCUGGACCCCGGGCUGGUGUACGACCUCGCCGCAGACGACUACCUGCACUUCCUCUGCAACUACGGCUACGGCGCGUCCCAGAUCAAGCUCAUCACCUCCCCUGCCGCCGGCUUCAGCUGUGCCGGCAACGCCAGCAAGGACUUCAUCUCCGACCUGAACUACCCUUCAAUCGCCGUCACGGGGCUAGGCGCCGCCGCCAGCAGGACGGUGACGCGCGAAGUCACAAACGUCGGAGCACAGGAAGACGCUGCCUACACCGUGGCCGUCAGCGCGCCCGACGGUCUAGAUGUGAAGGUCGUGCCGAGCAAGCUCGAGUUCACCAACACCGUGAAGAAACUGUCUUUCCAGGUCACUUUCUCCUCCAAGAACGCACCACCAGCUAAAAGCGCCCUGACAGGAUCCAUAACGUGGUCAGAUGGAAAGCAUAUAGUUCGUAGCCCGUUCGCAAUCAGCAACUGAAAUCUGUGCAUGCGCAAGCUGACUUUCAUAUGUAGCUCGAGUCUAUAGAGCAUAUCCUGUGAAAUGAAGUAACUCGUGCACCACCAGACUACCAGUGGCUUUACGGGCAUUUGAAUGGAAAA